UGACACGCCCCGAGUCACAUGGCCAAGGUCGUGAUCUCGGGCCUCUCAUGCCGAUUCCCAGAGUCCGAAGAUGCAGAGACGUUCUUUGCCAACCUUGUCGCUGGCACUGACAUGGUCACCGCUGACGACCGCCGGUGGGACAUGGACACAAUGGACGCGCGGUCACUGCCUGCGCGGUCAGGCAAGCUGCCGUCGAUCGCCGAGUUUGACGCCAGGUUCUUUGCGGUGACAGGCAAGGCGGCGGACAAGAUGGACCCACAGCUGCGGCUGCUGCUGCACGCCACCCAUGAGGCUGUGACUGAUGCUGGGUGGACGCUGGACGAGCUGGCCGGAAGCUCAACCGGAGUCUGGGUGGCAGGUUCGUUCUCGGACUCGCACUUUGACCUGCUCGAGGAUGCCACCGCCAUCACGGGCUACGAGCACACCGGGUGUCUGCUCAACAUGUUCUCCAACCGCAUUUCAUACUUUUACGACCUUCACGGCCCGUCGCUCACGGUGGACACGGCAUGCUCGUCCGGCAUGGUGGCGCUGGCGAUGGCGCUCGCCGCGCUGCGGUCCGGCGAGUGCGAGCGGGCAAUUGUGGGCGGUGUCAACAUCCAGCUCAUCCCGACCCGGUCGGUCGCCUUUGACAAGCUCAACAUGCUCUCGCCCGACGGAGCUUGCAAGACGUUUGAUGCGUCGGCCAACGGCUACGUCCGCGCCGAGGGCAUUGCUGCCAUUGUCCUUGACGCUGCCGACACUGCCCGCAACGCUUACCUCGACCUCCUUGUUGCAGCAUGCAACAACGACGGCUAUACUCCGCAGGGCAUCACCUAUCCAUCCAGCGAUGCGCAGGUUGCACUCAUUCGAUCUUGCCUCGCCGCCGCCGGCGCGACGCCCGAAGACGUCGUCUAUGUCGAGGCCCACGGGACCGGAACCCAGGCCGGCGACUCGGUCGAGGCCAACGCGCUCGACGAAGUGUUUGUCAAGCACGUGCUCAGCCGCUCGCCGGAGAACCCGCUGCUCGUUGGAUCGGUCAAGUCGAACAUGGGCCACUGCGAGAACGUUUCUGGUCUCGCCGGCAUCAUCAAGGUCUGCCUCGCUGCCCGCGCCGGCGUGCUUCCACCUAACCUUCACUACACCCAGCCGAAUCCCAAGAUCCCAGCGCUACUUUCAGGGACCAUGCGAGUGGUUACCCAGCCGACGCCAUGGCGCGGCGGCCUGGUUGCCAUCUCCUCAUUUGGCUUUGGUGGCACCAAUGCACACGCUCUGGUGCGCGCCCCGCAGCCCGCACGAGCCGCUGACGACAGCGCCGACCAAUCGACGGAUGGGCUUGCCGCGCUCAGAGCCGAGGUCGUCCAGCUCCUACAGAGCUACACCGGCGAGCUCGCUCGUCCGGCCGCACUGAGCGACCGGCUGGCCAGCCUGUUUGGCAGCGCGCCAGUGACUCGGUAUCCGUUCCGGACUGGCCUCAUAUGGCCGCAGCAAGAGAGCGACGCCGGUGGCGCAGUCAAGCUGCGACCACCGGCGCCUGCUUCGCCGCUCACCCGCUACGCUUUUGUGUUCAACGGCAUGGGCACCCAGUGGGCAGGCAUGAUGGCCGGGACUGCGCAAGCGUUUCCGGCAGUGGCGGCGGUGCUGGCCGAGGCCUCGUCAGCGGUGGCGCCGCUAGUGACGAGUGCGCCUGUGCAUGUGCCGGCUGGUGCGGCCGACCUUGUUGCGCUGUUUGACACGCUGGACGAGGAGGCACUGGCCAAUCCUGUGAUAGGCUACCUCACGCUGACUGCUAGCCAGCUUGCGCUCACUGCGCUGCUGGCGGAGCUCGGGCUGGUCGCGCCGGCGGCGGUGCUUGGCCACUCGGCCGGCGAGAUUGCCGCUGCUGCCGCUGCUGGGGGCUUGGACGUCAGGCAAGCGAUGCAAGUUGCGUUCUGGCGUGGCGUGGCAGCGGCCGAGGCGUCGUUGUCUGCGCCGGGUGCCAUGGCCGCGGUCGGCCUCUCCUGGGACGCCGCAAAUGCGUUUCUGGCCGCUCACGACGAGCUCAGCGGCCAAGUCUGGUUGGCCUGCCACAACGGACCGACGUCGGUGACGCUGUCGGGCACCUGCGCUGGAAUGGCGCAGUGCCUGGAGCUGCUGCGGAGCGACGAUGUGUUUGUGCGCGAGGUCAAUUCGUCGGGCGUUGCCUUUCACACGCCACUUGUGGCGAGUGCAGCCGAGAGCUUGCGGCAGAAGCUGGUGAGCGUGCUUUCGGCACCGGCUGCACUCGCGCCGUCGUUCAUCUCUACUUCUGGCGGAGAGGCUGGCGAGUUUGCCGACGCCGAGUACUUUGUGCGCAACUUUGUGGCGCCAGUGGCGUUUGCGCCGGCGGUAGCCCAGGUUCCUGACCGCUGCUGCGUCAUUGAGAUCGGGCCGUCGUCGAUCUUUGUCAAGCUGCUCAAGGCCAUGACAUCUGCGGGGGAGAGCCGAGUUGUCGGCCUCACGCGCAAGGGCGUCCGUGGCGACAGCGCGGUGCUGACUGGCGUUGGACAGCUGUAUGCAGCGGGGUUGGAUGCUCAGCCAUUGCUGGAGCGACUGCCUCGCGCGAUGGGUGGCGAUGCCAGCGCGAUGGUCGACGCUGCACGCCGACUGCCACUACACGCGCGUGUGCCGCGGCUGAGGACGCUUGUGGCAUGGGAUGCGCAGCCGUGGCACGUCAUCCGGCACCGCAACGAGCGGCUUCCGGGCGCCGCACCCGAGUUUACUGUCAGCCUCGCGGACGACUCGCCGUUUGGCUUUGUGGCUGGCCAUGUCAUCGACGGGCGGGUCCUUUUCCCAGCCUCGGGCUACAUUGCGCUGGCGUGGUCCGCGGUGCUGGCGCGGGCCGGGCGCGGGUCUGCCAGCGGCUGUAGCGUUGUGCCUGCGAGGCUCGACGGACUGGUUCCGGCGCUGGCUGCUCCGCUCGGUCCGCAAUGCGAGGUGCCGGGCUUUGUGCUUUCGGACUUUGUCAUUGCCCGGCCGGUAGUUGUGCCGAGCAGCGGCGAGGUCAAGAUCCGAGUGUCGGUGCUGGAAGCGUCGGGCGCGUUUGAGAUCGCGACCGAGGCCGGUGUUGUGGCAAGGGGCGUGCUGACGCUGGUCGAGAGUGAUGAAGAUGAGGCAAGCGAAAAGGUGUCGAAUGGCGAGGCUGAAGAGUCCCAGUGGCUCGAGGCGAGCGACAUCUACCGCGAGUUGCGGCUCAAGGGCUACGAGUACAGCGGCGACUUUGUGUCGCUGGCGCGGGCUGAGGGCGGCGGCACUGUCGGAAUGACCAAACCGUGGCGCGGCUCGGUCUUUGGCGGCGUCACCGUGUGCUUGGAUGCGGCGCUGCAGCUCGUGGCGCUGGCGUCGAGCGAUCGGCAGCUGCGGGUGCCAACACGUGUCCGAGAGCUGCGGGUGGCCCCGAGCGCUUUGGCGGAGGCGAUGCUUGCUGGUGGCUGGCGGAUGGCCCGUGACGAGGUCUUGCGUGGUGCGACCGCGCCCGGCAUGUCUAUGGCCGGCUUUUGCUGGGCUUCCGCUCCGCGAAAGAGCGGCCAGCAACCGCGUGUCGACGGCGUCGUGCGAGUGGCGCUCAACGGAGCUCUAGGCUCACGCACCACGAGCGCCGCCGGUCUUGGGCUGGCGCUGAGCGUGGUGGCACAGGAUGCCGGGAGCGAGCGUGGCCGCCCGCUGGUACUGGCAGUGGCGAUGGAUGAAGAGUGUCCUGAGGUGAGCAGAGACGAGGUGGCGAGUGCAGCGCUGACCUACGGCCUUGUGGUUGCCCGCCCGGUGGCGAAGUUGACCGAGGCCGAGCCGGGCGAGACGACGGUCUGCUGGGUUUCGGACGCGAACGCGCUCAGUGGGUGCGAUAGCGCCGCAGGGUAUGCUCUGACAACCGCCAGUGUUGGCGAGAACGAGCUAGCGCACUGGCGUCUGUUGUGCGCACUGGCUAGCAGCGAUGGCACGGUGUGGCGGGCAUGGGCGCGGAGGGUGGGCGAGCCUGCGGCUACGGUCGACGUGAGUACCGAGCUGGCGGAGUUGGGCCAGUUUGAGUCGUGGCGCGAGUCGCUACUGAGCGCGGCCGAGGGUACCGAGAGCGAGAGCGUGGUCCGAGUUGUUGUCAACGCCGAGGCCGGUGGGGUUGGGCUUGGACGCUGCGUGCUGAAGGAGGCUGGGCUGUUGCGGUGGGCGGCGCGGGUGCUGUUUGUGGUCAAGCCGAGCGAAAUGAGCGCAGCGGAGGCACUUGCGGUCGUUGAUCGCGGGCCGUGUGUCUCUCGCGGCGUUGUUGAAGUCGACAGCAAGGCCCGUGUAUGCGUGCGGCGGCACAUUCCGCUCGACGAGAGCGCCGAGCCUUGUGUGCCGGUGGCUGCUGUCGACGGGCGAGUGCGGGCUGUUGUUGACGUGGCGACGCGCGGGCAACUCUCAUCGCUGGGGUGGUUUGAGUCGCCAGAGAGCGAGAGCAGCCCUGCCUCGGGGCUUGCUGUUGAUGUUGCGUACGGUGCGCUCAACUUUAAGGAUGUGAUGCUCGCGUCGGGUAAGCUGAGCAAAGAAGUUGCCGGGUACGGGCUGUCUGGCGGCGAGCUUGGAUUUGAGUUUUCCGGAACGGUUGCGGGCGGCGGCAUGCGGCGUGUUAUGGGACUCGGGCGGCGUGCGCUGGCGAGCCGUGUGGAUACCGACGAGCGGUUUGUGUGGGAGGUUCCUGCUGGGAUGAGUCUGGAAGAGGCGGCGACGGUGCCUGUGGUGUAUGCUACGGCAUACUAUGCGCUUGUUAGCGUGCUCAUUCACUCGGGCUCGGGUGGAGUGGGCCAGGCUGCUAUCCGGAUUGCCCUUGCGCGUGGCGCGCAGGUCUUUACCUCUGUGGGUAACAACGCCAAGGUGGCGUUUCUGCUGGAGCGCUACCCGGCGCUCGCUGUGGAGCACGUUCUCCACUCGCGGUCGACGGCUUUUGAGCGGGCGGUGCUGGAGGCGACGAACGGGCGAGGAGUUGACCUGGUUCUCAACUCGCUUGCCGGCGACAAGCUUGCUGCGUCGCUGCGGCUUGUAGCGCCGCACGGCGCGUUCUUGGAGAUCGGCAAGUAUGACUUGAUGAUGGACACGCAAGUCGGGCUCGGGGCAUUUGUGCGGAACACGGCGUUCCAUGGCAUUGACCUCGACCAGGUGAUGAGCGACGAGGCGCUUUGGGCGCCUGUACACGCGCUGGUGGUCGAGGGUCUGGCGAGCGGCGAGGUGGUCCCGCUGCCGGCAACGACGUUUGCUGCCGGCGAGGUCGAGGCUGCCUUUCGGUACAUGGCGCGUGGGAAGCAUGUGGGCAAGGUGCUACUGGAGGUGAGCGAGGCGGCGAACGGAGGCGUGCCUGUCACUGCCGGGCUCCCGCGCGUGCUCUCGACCGCCAACACGGUGCUGAUCUCCGGUGGGCUUGGCGGAGUGGGCCUCGAGCUCGCGCGGUGGCUGGUGUUGCGAUGCGGGGUGAGGCGGCUUGUCUUGCUGUCGCGACGUGGGGUUCAGAGCCGGUGGCAGGUGCGGGCGGUGCAGGGCCUUGAGGAACUGGGAGCGAGCGUGGCGGCAGUGGCGGUGGACGUGACCGAUGCGGAGGCGGUUGAGGCGCUGAUUGCGGGCGAGGCAAGUGGGAUCGACGGCGUGUUCCACCUUGCGGGCGUGCUUGCUGAUGGCGCGCUGGCCAACACUGGGGCAGCUCAGGUCGAGGGAGCAUGGGCGGCCAAGGUUGAGGGAGCGCGUGUGCUGAGCGAGGCUGUGGGAGGCACCGCAGCCUUUUUCGUUGCGUUUUCAUCUGUGGUGGCCGGGCUGGGCAACGCCGGGCAGAGCGCGUAUGGGCUUGCCAAUGCGGCGAUGGAAGAGGUUGUGGCGGCGCGUGUUGCAGCCGGAUGGCCCGGUCUUGCGAUGCAGGUCGGCGGGGUGGCCGACACCGGGCGGUUCCUCGUGGGUUUGCAGUCUGCCGAGUCUGUGUUUGAGGGCGUGGCGCAAGUGCUGGGGCGGAGUGCAGCGCCGACGAUUGCGGCAUGCUUUGUGCCUAACGUAGUGGUGUCGGAGGCUGCUAGCGGCCGCGGCGACGAGGAUCUCGGCGAUGCGGUUGCGCGGAUUCUGGGCUUUAGCUCUGCCUCGCAAGUCGACGAGCAUGUGGCGCUGCAGGAGCUGGGCAUCGACUCGAUAAUGGUGACCGAGCUCCAGAGCGUACUGUCUGAGCAGUUUGGCGUUGACGCGCCCCUGGCGGAGCUUGCUGGUGUCACGCUCGCGGAGCUGCGGGAGCGGGCGACAAGCAUUGGAUCGCGGCCGGCCGCUGGCGGACGGGCAGGAGAAAAGGGGAUAGAGGUCAACAAGCCCGAGCAUGAGCCAGAGCACGAGCAUGAGCUGGAGUCCGAGCCAGCGGCAACGGUCGCGCAGGCUACAUCGCCCUCAGCAGCACACCCGAUUGUGGACAGCGGUCGCGAUGAAAUUGAGGCUGAGGCCGAGGCUGAGGCUGACGCUGAGGCUGAGGCUGAGGCCGAGGCUGAGGCUGAGGCCGAGGCUGAGGCUGAGGCCGAGGCCGAGGCUGAGGCCGAGGCUGAAGCUGAGAUUUGCGGCGAGUCGGCGAUCAUGGGCCUCGGCUGGGCGGUGCCAACGACGUACUUUUCGGCCGACGAGUUUGUGGAGAACGUGGUGGAGCUGUUCGAGAUGGCAGACGUGGACGCGGCGCGGCUGAAGCGGAUUGUGGCCAACUCUACGGUGGAGGGGCGGUUCACGGUCAUUCCAGACUGGCGAGCGUUUUUCAACAACCUGGAGAAGGAGGCGUCGGCCAAGGUGGAGGAGCGCGUGGCGUUGUACAAGGCGCACGCGCCUCAGCUUGCGGCGCGGGCGGCGCGGGCGGCGGUGGCCGACUGGGGCGGCGAGCUCUCAGAAAUCACCCACGUCAUCGGAGUCUCAUGCACCGGGAUGCUCAAUCCAGGGCUGGCGUACGAGGUGAUUCAGGAACUCGGGCUCGAGCCGACGACGCAGAGGUUGUCCGUGCUGAUGAUGGGAUGCUUUGGUGGGCACUCUGCGCUCAAGACAGCGCGGGCGAUUGCGGCACUGGACCCGUCGUACCGCAUCCUCUGCGUGUGCUGCGAGCUGUGCACGUUGCACAUGCAGCUCGAUCCGCGGGUGGACAACAUUGUGGCGGCGGCAAUUUUUGGCGACGGCGCGUCUGCGGCGGUGGUGGGGGCGUCGGCAGGAGUGCGUGCGUCAGAGCGGGUGGUGUACGAGAUCCUCGCCACCGAGGCGUUCACAAUCCCGGGCACGCGCGACAUGAUGACAUGGAAUGCGUCUGCGGACGGAAUGGUGGUCGAGCUCUCGGCGGACAUCCCGUCGCAGAUUGAGGGCUCGGUGGGCAACUUUGUCGACUCGCUGCUGGCCAAGGCGCUGCCGGGCCGGGCCGGACCGUAUCCGCUGGCGUCGAUGCGGUGGCCGCUCCACCCGGGCGGCAUCGCCAUCAUCAAGGGCAUCGAGCGGACGCUCGGGCUCACUGCGGAGCACACGGCAUCGUCGCGGGCGGUCCUCGCGCGGCAGGGCAACGUUUCGUCGGGCACAGUCAUCUGCGUACUCGACGAGGAGCGCCGGGCAAGCGGGGCGAGCGGCGAUGGGCAGCUCGCUGUCUCGCUCUCGUUUGGCCCGGGCCUGUGCGUGGAGGGACUUGUGCUCAAGCUGCGCAACGCUUGA